UUUUCAUAAACUCAUAACUGAUAAACUAAGCAAGCGGGCAUCAAAAAUUCACUCGUGUCUUACAAGAUUGAUUUGUUACCGUUUUAAAGUUCCAAUUAAACAAAGAAAUUAUAAAAACCUUAACUUAAAUAUAGUAAACAGUUUUACGUAAACAUGGCUUUAGCUUUACAGAGACGCGCUAAUGUCCGAUUGCCACCUGAAGUAAAUAGGAUACUUUAUGUGCGAAAUUUACCAUACAAGAUAUCAGCUGAAGAAAUGUAUGAUAUAUUUGGAAAAUAUGGAGCAAUUCGACAAAUUCGAGUUGGAAACACACCAGAAACAAGAGGAACAGCGUUUGUUGUGUAUGAGGAUAUAUUUGAUGCAAAAAAUGCUUGUGAUCAUUUGUCUGGAUUUAAUGUAUGCAACAGGUAUUUAGUUGUAUUAUACUACAGAUCAAACAAGGCCUUCAAGGGAAUGGAUAUAGAGAAGAAGCAAGAAGAGAUAGACACAUUGAAAAAGAAAUAUGGUAUAUCAAGUGAAGAUCUACGUAAAUAAUAUAUUUAAGAUAUAUAUUUCUUGUUUUCAUUAGUUCUGGAGGUGGCCAAUUAGGCUACAGAAAGGGAUUUUAUGCAAAUAGUAUUGAAGUAAACUUUGCUGUAGGAGCAGUAAGCACUUCUAUGUUCAGACCUAUUUGUCUUACCAUGCCAGAUGGCAAGUCGAUAAAACUAAUUUAAACAUUCAACCAGAGCUUAUAGUAAUUUAUUAUAAAAAGAAAUUAAAAUUAAAUGGAAACUAUACCCAUCUAUGUCAAAUUUAAGACUAUGUGUAAUUUUAGGAAAGUUAAAUUAAAAUAUUCAAAUGGAAUGACAAUUGAUAAUCAAUAAAAAACCUCCAUGUAACUUUGGCAUUGCAGGACUCUUAUUCCCUCUAUACUUUGUUGUGAUCCUCAUGUCAUACAUACAAGUGUUCUACUUUCUCACACUGGUGAUGUUUGUUUCUUAUUAUGUAUUAGCAGUUUCUCAAAUGAUAUUGUAUAGAAGGCACUGCAUACUAAAAACCUAAAUAAAAUUAUACCAUGUUCAAUUUGCUACAACGGUGUUGUAUGUUUUGUAUUUGCUUUUGCCAUGUGUUUUCUGAAUUAGCAUUUAAUUGAUUGCAUCAUUAUUGCAGGAAAUGUCUUCUGGUAUUGUAAAAUUAAUCCAAAUAUUUUAAAUUUUGUAAAAUAUUUCUUAAGCUAAUAAAUAAUUUGUAAUUUGAUAA